AGAAUAGCCGACCGUGGGACUUGGAACAAUCUUAGUGAUUUAUCGGCAUCACGAUAGCUUCAAUUCCAUACUAGUCACCUAAGCAGACCUAGGUGGCCAAAUCUUAAUUGCGGACUUAAGAAGGCGGAGAUUCCUAAUUCGGCUUAGCCGCCACGGACCUCUUAGAGCGAAUUGGCCAAUAUAAAGACGCGCUCACUUACACAAUACGCAACUGUAUAUUGCCUCACAGCUUUACGACUAUUACUAUAUCUUACAUUGCUCCAGUUCAUUAUACGAAUAAUACCUUCAUAAAAAAUCAAAAAAAUAAAACGGUGUGAAGAAAACGAGAUCUAAUACAAUCCAAGAUGAGUUAUACCACACCUCCGUUCGAGGUCACUUUUAAGGGGCUACUAUUCGACAUGGACGGCACCAUCAUCGAUUCAACAGCUGCAGUCGUCAAACAUUGGCAAACCGUCGGAAAUGAGAUUGGAGUAGACCCGGAGGUGAUCCUGCAGACGUCUCACGGCCGGCGGAGCAUAGAUAUGCUUAAAGUUCUCAGUCCAGAAAAGGCGAAUUGGGAAUACGUAAGACACAUGGAAGGCCUACUGCCCAAACUCCACGGCGACGACGCCGUCGAGAUCCCCGGCGCCCGCGCCCUCCUCGACGCGCUCAUCGCCGCGUCCGCGCGCUGGACCAUCGUCACGUCGGGCACCGUACCGCUCGUGACAGGGUGGCUGGACCGCCUGCAACUGCCGCACCCGCCGCACCUGGUGACGGCGGAGUCCGUGGCCGUCGGCAAGCCGGACCCGGCGUGCUAUGUCCUCGGGCGCGAGAAGCUCGGGUUCAGCGGCGCCGAUGACAGCGCCGACAUCCUCGUGUUAGAGGACAGCCCCGCGGGGAUACAGUCCGGCAAGGCGGCCGGCUGCAAGGUGCUGGGCUUGGUCACGAGCCACACCGUCGAGCAGGUGCUGGCCGCCGAGCCCGACUGGAUCGUCCGUGAUCUGCAGUCCGUGACGAUGGUCCGCGGGGGAGACGGCGGCGUGACGUUGCAGAUUUCGGAUGCCUUGGCGCCUGCUGUGAAUGAGAAGUGAGUUCGGGGGACUGAGGAAUGGAGGAGUCGAUAGACGUUAUUAGAAGUAGAAGGAGAGAGACAGGACUGGGAAAACUUAAUAGGGCAAGACAAAACAACACGAGAUGAGAUCCAUGAGAUGAGAUGAUAUGAGACAGUAAAGCAAACUCUCCAGUGCCUUACCUCCCAAACCUCUCCCUCUACCACUAUCCCCCAGGCGACCAAGAAAGCGUCCCUAGAGACAACAACACAUCAUCAAGGCCACAGAGCGCUCGAGACGCCAAGAACCAAUUAAUCUCUAAUGUCAAGAUCUGGCAGCUAGUGUAGGCUGAAAGUAUAUUGAUGAGCAAGCCAGUGUAAUUUUCCGGUGCACGAGCUUUCCCUUCAUUCGUUCAAUCCUUUUCUUUCCUCGGUAUCCUCCAUUCUCUGCCUGCCUGCCUGCCUGCCUGC